UCCCUCUUCUUUUCUACAGCUUUAAGAAGUCAGAACAUAAUUGAGAAGAAUUGUCUAUAUAUCCUUUCUGUUUCUGGACACCUUUUUAACACAUCACUGCUGAAAACCUUUAAGCACUGAAGAUCGGCAGACAUAAAUUUUGCCUUGAAUAUUCGUGGUCAAAACUAGAUGUACCAGAUCUUUUGGAUGAGCAAAAGGAUAAAAAGCACUAUUGUGAAACUGCCUGGAGACUUCCAAGCUGGAUCUAUUAUUUACUGCAAGGGUCCCCAACCUCUGGACCGUGGAUCGGUACCGGGCUGCAGCCUGUUCAGAACUGGGCCGCACAAGCAGCAGCCCAGUUGUAAGCUGCCCAUGGCUGCAAUUUGAAAAAAUCCCAAAUUAAGAAAACAACAUAAUCCCAAGCUGGAUGGCAGGAAAGGGGAAGACGUUUAGGAUAGCCACACUUGAAUCUCACAUGUUCUAUUUUACUGAAGAAGUCCUGAAGAUUGAUGGAGGGCCAUGCUAUUCAAACAGCAGGCGUUGCUGAGACAGAAGCUCCUUGUGCUAGGCAGCCUUGCUAUUGGAAGCCUUCUCUAUCUAGUUGCCAGAGUUGGGAGCUUGGAUAGACUGCAACCCAUUUGCCCUAUUGAAGGCCGAUUUGGACUCCAUGGACAAGAUGAAAUCCCACUCAGAGCUCUACAGUUUAAGCGUGGAUUGUUGCAUGAAUUCCGAAAGGGUAAUGCCAGCAAAGAGCAAAUUCGACUUCACAGUUUGGUCCAGCAAAUCCCCAAGGCCAUAAUAAUUGGAGUGAGGAAAGGAGGAACUCGAGCACUACUAGAAAUGCUAAAUCUUCAUCCAGCAGUGGUCAAAGCCUCUCAAGAAAUACACUUCUUUGACAAUGAUGAGAACUAUGCCAAGGGCAUUGAGUGGUAUAGGAAAAAAAUGCCAUUUUCAUAUCCUCAUCAAAUAACCAUUGAGAAAAGCCCUGCAUACUUUAUCACAGAGGAAGUCCCUGAAAGGAUUUAUAAAAUGAACUCAUCCAUCAAAUUACUGAUCAUUGUCAGGGAACCCACAACAAGAGCUAUUUCUGAUUACACUCAGGUGCUGGAGGGAAAGGAAAGGAAGAAUAAAACCUAUUACAAAUUUGAAAAGUUGGCCAUUGAUCCUAACACCUGUGAGGUGAACACUAAAUACAAGGCAGUAAGAACCAGCAUCUACACCAAGCAUCUGGAGAGAUGGUUAAAAUACUUUCCCGUAGAGCAGUUUCAUAUUGUUGAUGGCGAUCGUCUCAUUACAGAACCGCUGCCAGAACUCCAGCUGGUAGAAAAGUUCUUAAAUCUUCCUCCAAGGAUAAGUCAAUAUAAUUUGUAUUUCAAUGCCACCAGAGGGUUUUACUGCUUGAGAUUUAACAUUGUCUUUAACAAGUGCCUGGCGGGAAGCAAAGGACGCAUUCAUCCAGAGGUAGAUGCCUCUGUCAUUACCAAAUUGCGCAAGUUCUUUCACCCUUUCAAUCAGAAAUUUUACCAGAUCACAGGGAGGACAUUUAACUGGCCCUAAGACAAACUUCCUACAACACUGUGUGUUGCACCUGGAGAUAUGCAACCAUAUCUCUAGUAGAGUAUAUAAAAAAUAUGCACUUUUCAUACUCUGUUAUCAAAGUAAUCUUUUUUUCAUGCGUACUUGUACAUAUGCAGUGUGUGACCAAAUAUAAGAUGGGAUCAAUUUUUCUACAGAACAUGCGUAACAUGAAAUUUACUCUCUGCAUAAUUGCAUCAUUUUAUGCUGUACAAUUAAAUGAGAAAAUGUCAUUUAAAGAAAUUAACUCAGCUACUCAGUUCAAAGGGUCAGCACUCUGUUUGCUCCAUAAAAUUUAAUAUUAAACGUAGCUGGAGAGAGGGCAGAAUAUUGCUUUAAAAUUCAUUGUGAUUCUAAUUGACUGCAAUUAGAAUUCAUUUUUGAAAAAUCUGCAGUGCAAUAUUGUAUUUCUAAAUAUUGUUUAGAAAUAUUAUAUUUCUAUUAUAACAUAUUUCUAAAAGAAUAUUGGCCCUUUAAAAAGAAUACAUUUAUGCUGCAGGCUUAUAUCGGCUUAUCACUGCUCCCUAGGAAACCUCUAUUUUGGUAACAAGAAGAGGCUAAUAACAUUUUUAUGAAUAAUUCUCACUACUUCCAUGAAUUGGGGUGGGGGAAAUUAUGCCAAUUAAAUGGAUGAAAAGCCAGUAUAAGUCUGCUGUAUGAUUAUACCCUAUAUGAUGCUAAGUUCUUUUGAAAAAUAUUUUCCUAGUGUUGAAAAAAAACUUUCUCAUGCAAUCAACAUAGUUUCAAAUUUCCUGUGGUGAGUUUGCACUAUUGUUUUUAAUUGUAUGGAUCAUCUUGGCACUUAGAGCAUGUCAAUCAUGUGUCAAAACAGAAGUCUUUUUUCUCCCUUCUAUGCUUGUAUGUUGACAAAAAUUUGAUGUACAUAUUGUAUAUUGUUUGUAAAUACUGGUUUCACACUAAGUAAUUCUAUUUUGUAAACUAAAUAUGGCUAUUUAAUUUAUUGUGAAAAUUAAAUUUAUUGUGGUAUUUAAAAUGGAAUGGAUUAAAAUUGCUAUAUGUGCAA